AUGGUUUCAGUCACUGUUCGAGCCCUGCUGGGCCUUGCUGCUCUGGCACAGUCGAUCUCCGCUGAUGACAGCGCCAUCACCAGUGAUACCGUUUUCUAUGGUCUUUCUGAUCCCGUAUACCCAACACCGGAGCUGGAGGCUUCUGGCACCUGGGCUGAUGCCAUCAGCAAGGCUCAAGCCUUGGUCAGUCAGCUGACACUGGAUGAAAAGGUCAACUUGACUGCCGGAGCCACAACCGAAACUGGUUGCUCGGGCUUCAUUCCAGCAAUCGAUCGUUUGGGCUUCCCUGGUAUGUGUUUGGCGGAUGCCGGAAAUGGUUUGCGAAACACGGACUAUGUCAGCUCAUGGCCCUCUGGUAUACAUGUCGGUGCAAGCUGGAACAAGGACUUGACCCGCCAGCGAGCAGUAGCCAUGGGCAACGAGGCCAGGAAGAAGGGCGUCAACGUUAUUCUUGGACCCGUCAUUGGCCCCGUGGGACGUGUCGUGCUGGGUGGAAGGAACUGGGAAGGUUUCUCCGUUGAUCCAUACCUUUCUGGUGGCCUCGUCUAUGAGACCGUGUCCGGUAUCCAGAGUACUGGUGUCAUCACAAGCACAAAGCACUUCCUCGGUCAGGAGCAAGAAACACAUCGCCUGGCAACUACCAGUGCUCCUAUCGUGGAGUCUAUUUCGAGUAGCAUUGACGACAAGACCGUACACGAACUAUACAUGUGGCCAUUUUCCGAGGCAGUUCGCGCCGGCACAGGCAACAUCAUGUGCUCUUAUGCCAGAAUCAACAACUCUUAUUCAUGCCAGAACAGCAAGAUGCUCAACGGCCUCUUGAAAGAGGAACUCGGAUUUCAGGGUUGGGUUGUCUCCGACUGGGGUGCUCAGCGUUCGGGAGUCGCUUCGGCUCUGGCCGGCCUUGACGUCGCCAUGCCGGACGGUGAUGGACUGUGGGCAGGCAACCUUAGUCUCUCUGUCACAAAUGGAAGUGUCGCAGAGAGCCAGCUUGAUAAUAUGGUUACCAGGGUCUUGGCGUCUUGGUACCAGAUGAAUCAGGACGAAGAAGACUUCCCGGUUCCUGGCGUAGGAUUGCCCGCAGAUCUCUCGGCUCCACAUGAAGUCGUGGACGCCCGCGACCCCAAUGCCAAACCUACCCUGUUCGACGGUGCUGCAGAGGGCCACGUGCUCGUCAAGAACACCAACGGUGCCCUGCCUCUGAACUCAUCAGAGAUGAAGCUGAUCUCCCUUUUUGGAUAUUCUGCAAAGGCUCCCAACAUGAAUAAUCAGGCUCCUGUACGCGAAGGAGACUAUUUCUCAGCAUGGUCCCUUGGAGUAGAGUCUGCAAACCUUACGGAGAUCAACCUUGGAUUCCUGGGAAACCUCAGCAUUGCCAAAUCAGUCAUCGCACCCAACGGAACGCUCGUCUCUGGUGGCGGAUCGGGCGCGACUGCGCAGAACCAGAUCAGCUCGCCUUACGACGCCUUGGUCGCUCAGGCCUAUGAAGACGGAACUGCGCUUUUCUGGGACUUCGAGUCUGGCUCGGCACUGGUAAACCCAACUUCGGACGCAUGUAUCGUUAUUGGUAAUGCCUGGGCAACUGAGGGAUACGACAGGCCCGCCCUCAGAGAUGACUUCACCGAUGGCCUAAUCCUCAAUAUUGCGGAUCAGUGUGCCAACACAAUUGUCGUCUUUCACAAUGCCGGUACCAGACUGGUCGACACAUUCGUCGACCACCCCAACGUUACGGCAAUCAUCUUUGCCCAUCUACCUGGACAAGACAGUGGACGCGCACUCGUCUCUCUUCUCUAUGGCCAAACUAACCCCUCUGGCCGACUACCCUACACGGUAGCUCGCAACGAGUCUGAUUACGGAGCAAUGUUGAAGCCAGACGAGACUUUGGCGCCAGCCAAGUACGCACUGUUCCCCCAGUCCAACUUUACUGAAGGAGUCUUUGUCGACUAUCGUCACUUUGAUGCUCAAAACAUUACGCCACGUUACGAGUUUGGCUACGGUCUGAGCUAUACCACCUUUGACUAUGCGGAUCUCCUCAUCUCGCAAACGGAUGCUGCCACGCAAUCGUACCCAAUCGGCGAGACUGUCGAGGGCGGACAGGCCGAUCUGUGGGAUGUCAUCGCCGAGGUCAGCGUCAAUGUCACCAACAGCGGUGCGCGGGACGGCAAGGAGGUUGUGCAGUUGUACGUGGGCAUUCCCGGCACCGAUGUGCCCGUUCGUCAGCUCCGAGGAUUCGAGAAGCCUACCAUUUGCGUUGGCGAGACUGCGACGGUGGAGUUUGCCAUUACGAGAAAAGACUUGAGUGUCUGGGAUGUCGUUGCACAGAAGUGGAACCUUCAGGAAGGAGACUAUAGCAUUUCCGUCGGCAGAAGCAGCAGAGACCUCCCUUUAACGGGAACCAUUUCGAUUUAA